GCGGUGCUCGGACCUCGCCCCGCCCGCGGGCCGGCCCUACCCGCGCACCGAGGGCGCCUGCGCUCUGCCCGGAGCUGAGGGAGAGGUGGCGGGAGCACAGUGGUGCCCGCUGGUGUCUGGCAAGUCGGGCCUCCUCUGCCGCCCGUCAUGUCCCGUUUCCUCCAGGCGCUUCGCCGCGCCGCCAGCGCCCGGACGGGUGGUCUGGGCGUGGAGGAGGCGGACGUUUACCGGUGGGGUCUGACAGGCAUUAAGCUUCGUACCUAUCAAAUAGAAGGUGUAAACUGGCUGGUGCAAUGCUACAAAGUCCAGCAUGGCUGUAUCCUGGGAGAUGAGAUGGGUCUUGGGAAGACUUGUCAGACUAUUUCUCUACUUCUUUAUUUGACAAAAAAAGUAACGAGCAAAGAGAGAUUUCUGAUACUUUGUCCUCUGUCUGUUCUGAGCAACUGGAAGGAGGAAUUGGAGAGGCUUGCUCCAGGUCUUUCCUUUGUGACAUACAUAGGCAACAAGGAGGAGCGACCCAAACUGCAGCAGAACCUGAAAGACCAAUCUCACUUCCAUGCACUUUUGACAACAUAUGAGAUUUGUCUGAAAGAUGCAGCAUUUCUAAAAUGCUUUAACUGGGCUGCCUUGGUUGUAGAUGAAGCUCACAGACUGAAAAACCAAAGUUCUCUGCUUUACAAAACGCUUUCUGAGUUUUCAGUAGGCUUCAGCCUGCUACUCACAGGCACUCCAAUCCAGAACAGCCUCCAGGAACUGUACUCCUUACUCAGCCUUAUUGAGCCUGACAUCUUUCCUAGGGAACAAGUGAAAGAGUUUGUUGAGUAUUACCAAGCGAUUGAAAAGGAUAGUGAGCCAGCCAAAGAGUUGCACAAUGUUCUGCAGCCAUUUUUGCUUCGAAGAGUCAAAUCUGAGGUGGCUGCAGAGCUGCCAAAGAAGGUGGAAGUGGUUCUGUACCAUGGAAUGUCAGCUCUGCAGAGGAAGUACUAUAAGGCCAUUUUGAUGAAAGAUCUAGAUGCAUUUGAAAGUGAAACAGGACGGAAGGUUACACUUCAGAAUGUCUUAAUUCAGCUUCGGAAGUGUGUUGCCCACCCAUACCUUUUCAAUGGUGUUGAACCAGAACCUUUCGAGAUUGGAGACCAUAUUGUUGAAGCCAGCGGCAAGCUGUGUUUGUUGGAUAAACUCCUUUCAUUCUUGUAUGCUGGUGGCCACCGUGUCUUGCUCUUUUCUCAGAUGACUCAACUGCUUGAUAUCCUGCAAGACUACAUGGACUAUAGAGGCUACAGCUACGAGCGGCUGGACGGUUCUGUUAGGGGUGAAGAGAGACACCUUGCCAUUAAGAACUUUGGUCAACAGCCCGUCUUUAUCUUCCUGCUGAGCACCAGAGCAGGUGGAGUUGGCAUGAACCUGACAGCAGCAGAUACAGUUAUUUUUACCGACAGUGAUUUUAACCCACAAAAUGACUUGCAAGCAAUAGCACGAGCUCACCGGAUUGGGCAGCACAAGCCUGUGAAAAUUAUCCGCUUGAUUGGGCGAGAUACGAUUGAAGAAAUAAUCUACCGAAGAGCUGCUUCUAAGCUUCGGCUGACAAAUGCCAUUGUAGAAGGGGGUCAGUUUGCUCUGGGAGUGCCCAAGCCUCAGGGAGCAGCAGAGUUACAGCUUAGUGAAAUCUUGAAAAUUGGCUUGGAUAAAUUGCUGUCCUCUGAGGGGAGUACUAUACAGGAUGUGGAGCUAGAAAACAUCCUUGGAGAAACAAAAGGUGGGAAGUGGGUAAUGGAUGUUGUGCUGCCACACAAAGAAGAGGAUGAAGAAGAAGAUACAGAAAAUCACAUGUACGUGUAUGAAGGCAAAGAUUAUUCAAAAGAACCAAGCAGAGAAGACAAAAAAGCAUUUGAUCAGCUUUUGGAUCUUCAGAAAGCCUUGACUGAAGAGACAAGGAAGGAAGGGAGAGCUCUCCGGAACAAAGCAAAUGCCCUUCUCACAGGCCUCCGGGAACAGUCAACCAGGAGGAAGCACUUGUUGAGCACAGAGGAGCUGGAAGCUAGGAGGAAGAAGCGCCAAGAGGCAGCAGCAAAAAGAGCAAGGCUCAUGGAGGAAAAGAAGAAGGCAAAAGCAGAGGCAGAACAUAAGAAAAAGGUGGCCUGGUGGGAGGCAAAUCAUUACACAUCUACCUGCCUUCCUUCAGAGGAAAGUGACUCUGAGGAAGAGUUUGAGGGGGAUGAGGCUGGGCUGAAUGUGGAUUUGGAUUACAAAGAUGCAGACCUGAACUAUAUCAAGUAUGUCAUGGGAGAUGUCACCCACCCCAAAGCAGAAGAGGAGGAUGCCAUCAUUGUACACUGCCUAGAUGACUCCGGCCGCUGGGGAAGGGGUGGUUUAUUUACAGCUCUGGAGGCUCGUUCUGAUCAGCCAAGGAAAAUAUAUGAGAUGGCAGGAAAGAUGAAAGACCUGGAGUUAGGAGGAACCCUAUUAUUCCCCAUUGAUGAUAAAAAAUCCAGAAAAAAAGGACAAGACCUGUUGGCCUUGAUUGUAGCGCAGCACCGGGAUCGGUCCAACAACUUGUCUGGCAUUAAGCUGUCUGCUUUGGAAAAGGGCCUGAAGAAGAUUUAUUUAGCAGCCAAGAAAAGGAAUGCAUCAGUGCAUCUUCCACGUAUUGGGUAUGCAACAAAAGGUUUCAACUGGUAUGGUACAGAGCGGCUCAUCCGAAAAUAUUUGGCAACACGGGGUAUCCCCACUCUUAUAUACUACUUCCCUAGGAAUAAAGGCUCUUCCUCUGCUUCACAACCAUAUUCAUCUUCAAUGACAGUCUCAAAGCCAUGAAGAUGCAGUAAUUUAAUUGAGAAACCUGUGCAAAAAGCCAAGGAUCUUUUCGACAUCACGCAGACAGUCUGUAUGCAUCCACUUCAGAAACAUGGCUUACACAGCCAUGAUUCGCCCCUGCAUCUCUCUGACUCUAUUGGCUAGAACGUUUACAUAUUGUCAGUGCUGUGGAGAGGAAUGAGACUGCUUCAGAGUUCAAAGAAUCUUUAGAUGAGGAUGUUGACUCAAUCCCAGAUCUGUUUUGGAGAUGGAAAAUAAAACUUUUACGGAUGGUCA